GUGUGCUUUGGCGUGCUGGGAGAAGCCUGUUUUGUUCUUUCUUUUUUUGUGUAAUAACAUCUCCUGCCUUCAUCUCCACGGUUUAAGCAACUAUUGAUUGCAGGUUGGGAGUGUUUCUGAAGAGGAGCUCGUCGGAGUCGUGCCAGGCGCCGUAACAGUGCCUGAAGCAGGUCCACCAUGCCGUUAGUAACGAGGAACAUUGAGCCAAGGCACCUGUGCCGUCAGACGUUGCCUAGCGUUCCGAGCGAGCUGGAAUGCGUGACCAACAUCACCCUGGCAAAUGUCAUUCGACAGCUGGGCAGCCUGAGUAAAUCUGCAGAAGACAUAUUUGGAGAGUUGUUUACUCAAGCCAACACCUUUGCCUCUCGGGUGAGCAUUCUUGUCGAGAGAGUUGACCGCUUGCAAGUCAAAGUCACUCAGCUGGAUCCCAAAGAGGAGGAAGUCUCCUUGCAAGGCAUUAACACCAGGAAGGCCUUCAAAAGCUCCACAACUCAGGACCAGAAGCUCUUUGACAGAGAUUCUCUCCCUGUGCCUGUCCUCGAAACCUACAGGACCUGCAAUACCCCUCCACCUCUCAACAUCCUCUCACCUUACAGGGAUGAUGGCAAAGAGGCACUUAAAUUCUACACAGAUCCUUCAUACUUCUUCGACCUUUGGAAGGAGAAAAUGCUUCAGGACACCAAGGAUAUCAUGAAGGAAAAGCGGAAACAUAGGAAAGAGAAAAAGGAGAAUCCGAACCGAGGAAAUGUGAACCCACGGAAAAUCAAAACCCGGAAAGAGGAGUGGGAGAAGCUGAAAAUGGGACAAGAAUUUGUCGAGUCAAAGGACAAGCAGGGCCCUGCUGGGUACCCCUCCAACAUGGUGUACCAGAACGGCAGCAUCGGCUCCAGCGAGAGCAUGGACGGGAGCUGCUACCCGCCACCGCCACAGACUGACUCUAUUGUGCCACCACCUCCCUCGUUCCCAGAUGACAGCCUGCCUCCACCCCCGGUGGAAUUUAGCUAUCCUGUAGACAACCAAAGAGGUUCUGGUUCUGGAGGGCCCAAACGAUCCAGCCUGGUUAGCCCGAGCCACCCGCCGCCAGCCCCUCCGAUCGGCUCUCCCUCCGCAGCCAGGCCGGGCUUUGCUCCCCCUCCAGCUCCUCCUCCACCGCCACCACUGAUGGAAAGCACCCCCCCUCCACCACCUCCCAUGGGCUUCCCCUCCCCGGGAACCCCCCCGCCCCCCUCGCCCCCCUCUUUCCCCCCUCACCCAGAGUUUGCUGCCCCUCCGCCUCCCCCGCCGCCCCCGGCAGUCGAUUACUGCAGUGUUCUCGCAGCCCCGCUGCCGCAGCCGGGCGCGGGGGUUGUGCCGCCCCCGCCGCCGCCCCCGCCUCCUCCGGGCCCACCCCCGCUGGCUUCCAGCGGCCUGGAUGGCCCCCCACCCCCCCCUCCGCCCUCUGACACCUCCACAUCCAAGCCCAAGUCAUCCUUGCCUGCGGUUAGCGACGCCAGGAGUGACCUGCUGUCGGCUAUUCGGCAAGGCUUCCAGCUGCGCAAGGUGGAGGAGCAGCGGGAGCAGGAGAAGCGGGACGUGGUGGGCAACGACGUGGCCACCAUCCUGUCGCGCCGCAUCGCGGUGGAGUACAGCGACUCCGAGGACGACUCCUCCGAGUUCGACGAGGACGAAUGGUCGGAUUAGCCGCGCUCCCACCCCCUCCUUCCCCCUCUCCCGGGUUCGCUUCUCGCCGGAUCAGGUGGCCAAAGCUCGCACCGCAUCCCUUUCAUCCCGUAACCAAAGAUGUGCCAAGGGUUUCCAGACAACCAGCAGCGUAUCUCCCCUCUCGCUGCCCCUGCAGCCUUGGCAGGACUCGGUGCUCUGCCUUUCCCAAGGGUCCCUCGCGGGCGCCGAGGAUGCGGCGUUGGGAUUUAGCUGGAGGGGGUGUAACGGUUGCUUAUUUAAAAGAGAGCUAAACCUCCAGAUUUUUGAUGCCACCAGGCAGAGCACAUAUAAACCCUCCACCCUGAGGGAUUUUUAAAGCAAAGAUGGAUGAUCCUGUUGUGGCCAUGUGGCCUUUUGGAUGAAGGACAUUUUCAGCUGGUUUUCUCAGUGCAACAGCAGACAGUUGAUCUGAUGGCUCUUCCUUGCCAGUGAAUACUGGUAGUGCUGCAAGAAAAUGGGCUUUAAAUGUCAGUUCUCUGCUGCAUCCCACUGUCAAAUAAUCGGGUUUUUGGCAAUAGUGCACAAUUCUUUCCCCCCGACCCCUGAGUAUUAAUUCCAGAUCACCCUGUGUGGGGUGCAUUUCCCAGCGCCGAGGGUGCUGAGUGCCUUGGGUGCAGUGUAAGGAGAGACUUUUUUAUUUUAGAAGCUGCCUUUACCUUCCUCAAAUCUCCUGCUUUGCCAAGAGGAGACUUGCACAGAGGGAUGUAAAACCAGGGCAGGAUGCUUGUUCAGCUUCCCACUCUUGGGAAAGCAGAGCCACUGCCCCACUGAGACACAUCUGUGGUCAGCUCUGAGCGGUGGCCAGACCUCGCCGGGCUGAUUCUCUCCAAUUCAUGCUGAGACUGUGUUUUAAAAUUCCAAAUCCAGUGCCUAAGACAGGGAGAUGGGGUGGGGAGGGGUUCUCUGAACACCAGGCACUGUGGUGGUCUUUGGCCUGCCAGGGCAGUUUGAGAGGUGCUUUUCUUAGCGGGGUGACCGUACUUUUAACACAGGGACUUAAAUGCUGGUGUUGCCUUUGCUUCUUCUCCCUUCCCCCUGGGGAGGGGAGUCUGUGUGCCUAAAAACAUCGUGUGUGUGAGCUGAGUUGCCCAUCAGUUGCAUCAGACCUAACCUACCCUAAUUUUGUUAUUAUAAUUCAUUAGUUAAUUUUAAGAGAACGUUUUUUCUCCUCACUAACCCUGUGAAUUAAUUCCCAGGCUGCUCACUAUAGAUCCAGUACUGGCAGGGGAAAAUGGGGAAUUUGAACUAGCUGACCUCGGUUUUAUUGCUGUUUUAUGUUACCUUACAUAGAAUAUGAGCAUAUCUUGGAAAUCUAACCCAGAUACCCCUGAUGUGUAUUUUAAUUUGGACAUGACUCACUGAGGGUCAUGCAAAAAGCAAUUCCAAAGCCUUUUUGAGGUUAUGGGUCCAGCUGUUGUGGGAUGUGUGUCCCACUAAGACCAACUCUCCCAUCUUUUUGCCUUUCCUAAAGUAUUUCACCAGCCUGUGCCUGUCUCUCUUCCCUGCCUCGCCUCCUUUAAUGAUGUUGCUGAUACCUGGAACGCUGGGCUCUGCCCGAGGCUGGCUGGAAAUCCUGCUUGGGAGUUGAUUGAUGGCUUCAGCUUGUGCCAUCGAGUUCUUACCGAUUCCUUGAGUGUGUGUGUGUGUGUGUGUGUGUUAAUCUUGGCUGGGGCAGAGCUGGCUGGAGGAUGGGCUCAGGCUGGGACCCUGUGAGGCCCCAGAGGCUCCAGCACCAUGGGGUUUUGUCUGCAGGCAGAUGCAGAGGGCGUGGGCAGCCAGGCAUCCCAGUGGGCUGGGAGCACCUGAGCAGCACUAGUGCCAGGUUCUGGAAGAGGGAACAAACCCCUGGAGUGCAGGUGAGCCGUGCUGCAGUGGAGAGACUUGGAAAUGCAACGGGAUGGUUGCUGCAAGCUGGGUGAGGGGAUGAGAGAGGCACUGCCUCGUCCUGCUGCUCUUUCUGCCAGCAUCCUCCUCCGGCUGCUCUGAGAGAUGUUCCCAGGAAAAACGGGCCCUGAGCUAACCUGGGCUGACAGCAGGAUCACACAGGGAGGAGAGGAGCCUGCAAAUGCCAAACCUGGCUCAGUCUGAGAUUGCAUUAACUAGACUUAGCCCUCGUUGGGAAAGGGGAGCCAGUCUUCCUGUCACCUGAAAUUCCAAGAAGUGCCAUAUUCCCUGAGCCCCAUGGAUGGUGUGCCGGGCAGGGCCGUGCCUGGGCGCUGGGGACACGUCCCUCACACUGCCUCUUGCACAAGGAUGCUGCUGUGUGGGCACGGGUGGAGGUGGCUCCUCUGGCCUCCAGGCAACAGGAGGGACACUGCCUUGUCCCUGCAAGCCUGCUGGAAACACCCUCUGCUCCAAAUCCCAUCCCAGGGCAGGCAUCAAAAUGCAGGAUCCUAAACAGAAGGGUCGUGGACAGGUAGAGGAGGUUGGUUGAUGGAGUGUUUUUUAAAUCUCCUUUGAUUCCUGCCUUUUGUUUUUUUCCUAAAUCUUUGAUUGCCUUAGCCUGUUGGGGAUCCCUGAGAAACAGCUGCUCUAGAGAGGGACCAUCUCUGUGUCCUUGCAAAAUCGCAGAGCUCUGGGCCACCAAGUGAGCUCAAUGUUUUUGAAAGCAGUAGGGGAGGAGGAGAGGUGCCAAAACCAACCUUUGCAAGCCAGAGCAGCCGCGCUGGAGGUGCAGGGCUGCCCUACCACCUUUGCCCCCGUGCUGGGGGCUCUUGCUCCUUCCUCCCCUUUCCUGGGGCUGGGGCGACCCUCAGGCAAUCCCCAAAGCCCGGGGCACGGGCUGUGCUCCCCCUUGCAGCCGUUCCCCCACCCUGGGGGCUGCAAGCUCCCUUCCCUUGCCUCCCUGGUUAAACAUUCUGGCGGUGUCCUCGCCCGCGGUGCUCGGCUGCUGCUCCCGGCUCAGCCCGUGACCUUCGCUGCCUCUCCUCUGCUUAUCAGAGCCCGAGCGCCGGGCCAGAGCCGGCCAGGGGCUCCCGAGCUCCCCCGUGGCUGAGGGAUCAUUUCAGGGAAAGGGUAGAUUGGAUUUUUUUUUUUUUUUUUUUUUCAGAAGGUGAACUUAUUUAACGUGUUUCUUUUGGAAGUCCCUGCCCUGGAGGGAGCUGCCUGGCAGGGCAGAUGCAGCUGCCCCGGGUCAGGUUUCACUGCUGUUGGAUUUCGGGGGUGCUUUCUUCUCUUCCUUUUUAAACAAAGCCUUGAAGUGGAAGUGGAUCCAAUGUUUUUAUUACUGUAUUAACAUUCAUUUUAAUUCACUUCAGAAACUAACCCAUUUUUCUUCCUGAUUAGAAUGUCAUAGAAUUAGACAAGCUGUAACCCCUCCUGAAGUGCCUUAUUUUCCUACAUGAUAUAAAUAUAUUUAUAAGAGUAAUUAUUCCACUUAUAUCUUAGGGGUUUAUUGCUGAGCAGGAGAUAAGGUGGGAGAGGAGGGAUGGGAAGUGCCCUCCACGGACCCAGCCAGGCUGGGGGUCGGAAGGGUGGCGUUUGAUGGAAACUCUCAGGGUGCAGGGGGUUCCUCACUUCAGACCAAAGGAGUUUCAGCAGUGAAACUCUGCUUAGAAAGAAGAAAAAAGGACGAAAAACCCCAAACAUGUGAGCAAAAUACUGUAGAUUUGUCAGGUUUUUUUUUUACCCCUGCAAAACAAACACUGAUGGCCGGACUCUGCAGGGAGGCAGUGGGUGUGGGGGAUCAGAGCCUGCCCCUGGUCCAUCCUUGCACAUCCCAGUGCAGACUCUGCCUUCUGAAUCCCCAUGUAAUGUCUGUGCUUUUCCCUGUCGGUUGCUGUAUAAGCCAGAUUUCCUGCUGCUUUGUUUUGUUGUUUUUAAUAAUCAGCUCAGUAACCCCUGGAUGAAGAUCCCAACUGCAAAUAUUUUGUAAUGUACAUGUAUAAAAAAAAAAAAAAGUAAUAAUUUUUUUUGAUUCUUUUUUAAAACUUGAUAAAAUCUUUCUAUCCA